AUGGGCCUCCCGCCGACGCAAGUCUGGACUCGCGAGCAAGUCGCGGCCAGAAUUCUCGCCGGGGAUUCAGUGUUCGUCUUGAACGGCAACCUCGUCCGCGUCCCUGCGUCCUGGCUCUCUCUGCACCCCGGCGGCAACCUCUCUAUCCUGCACUUCGUCGGGCGCGACGCGACGGACGAGAUUGGGGCGUUCCACUCGCAGGAGACCCUCCAGCGCAUGAAGGGGUACGUGAUCGGGCAGGUCGAUGUGGGCGAGGACGGCUGGGCGCCCUUUGUGCCCCCCAUCGCAACCGGCUGGGUGCGUAGGAACGGAAAGGAUGGCAAGACGGAGUGGUAUAACGAGGCGCGCGCGGUACAUGCGACAACGGAGGCCGAGCCGUCGAUCCUGCUCGUGAAGGGAGACGGAACGCCUCCCGCGGGGCCCGCGCCGACGCUAGCGGACUUGCAGCCCGCACCGAACUCGCUAUCGCUCAAGAACGAGAAGCUGAACUCGGAAGCGUACCAGGAGCUACACAGGCGGGUCAAGGACGCGGGCCUAUACCAGUGUCGGUACAUCACUGGGUACGGGCCAGAGAUCGUGCGGUAUACGCUGCUCGCGGUUCUGUCUGCCGUCUGCUAUUCGAAGGGCUGGCUCAUUCCUAGUGCUCUGUUGCUCGGGCUGUUCUGGCAGCAGCUUACUUUCACCGCGCAUGACCUGGGCCAUGUCGGUGUGACGCACAACUGGACCCUUGAUCGCCUCAUUUCUAUCUUUAUUGCGGAUUUCUUGGGUGGAUUGAGCAUAGGCUGGUGGGUAAACAAUCAUAACGUGCACCAUUUGGUACCUAACCACCCCACUCAUGAUCCCGAUAUUCAGCACCUCCCCUUCUUUGCCAUUAGCCCCGUCUUCCUCAGAUCACUCUGGUCCUCGUACUACAAGCGCGAGAUGACUUUCGACGCACCGGCGAAGUUCUUCAUCUCCUUACAACACAAGCUCUUUUACGUCGUCCUCUCCCUCGCCCGCUUCAACCUCUACGCCCUUUCUUACGGUUACCUCUUCAAAACCGCCUUUGAGCCCAAGAAGGCUCGCGGCGGCCGCUGGUGGUGGUGGGCCGAGGUCUUCGCGCUCGGUCUCUUCUUCACCUGGUACGGCGCCGUCCUGAAGGGCUGCGGCUCAUGGAAGAACAUCCUCGUCUAUCUGCUCGUCAGCCAUAUCGCUGCGAGCCCCGUACACGUGCAGAUUGUGCUGUCACACUUUUCACGUUCAACGGUUGACCUGGGGCCAGUCGAGUCGUUCUUCGCGCGCCAACUGCGCACGACUGUCGACGUGAUUUGCUCUGAGAGCAUUGAGUUCAUCCACGGUGGGCUGCACUUGCAAGUGACGCAUCACCUCUUCCCGCGUUUGCCCAGACACAACCUCCGGCAGGCGAGCUUGAUCGUGAAAGAGUACGCGAAGGAGCGCGGGCUGGAGUACGCCGAGUUCGGCUUCGCAGAUGGCAAUGCGGAGGUGCGAGGGGUGCUGAAGGAGGUCGCUGACCAGAUCAAGAUCAUCGGAAUGGUGGCGGACUCGGAGGUUAAGGAAGCCAUGAAGGGCUGA